GGUUACUGGAGGUGCACCACUUGCACUACUUGAUUUCAACACUAAAAAGCUCCUGAAGGAUAUUCAGCAUGCAAAGAAUCUUCGCAAUCCCUUCCACCCUAUAGAGCACCUUGAACGAGCGGAAAAAUGUGCACUGGAUCUGCACUGGCGGCAGCAUCUAUUCCUCUACGGCCCCAACCUUUCCAUAUAUUUGCGCCUCCGUUAUCUCUACUGGUCCUUGGCC